AUGGCAGAAGGCGAUUUAGGACUUCUAGUGAUUCUCCUUGGAAAGAAAUUAAAUUCAGAUUCUAAUUCAGAGUUGUCAAAUGUGGAAUUAAGGCAACGUCUUCACGAAACUUUAGAGGAGGUAGAAAUUUUGAAAACGGAACUUGAGGCAUCUCAAAGACAACUUGAAGGUAAAGAGGAAGCAUUGAGAAUUCCUCAAAGCAAUGCAAUAUUUGGCAAAGCCACAAGUCAUACCCAGGCAGUGCUUCAAAAAACUGUGGAACAAAAGAGAUCCUUGGAGAAGGAAAUAAACGCCUUGCAGUGGGAAAUGGAAUUUGAUCUCAAUAGAUUUAAAAAUAUAGAGGAAUCUUGGACCCAAAAAUAUGACAGGCUAAACUGUGAAAAUGCAGUCCUCAAAGAAACUUUGAAACUGAAAACAGAAGAAAUUAAAAUGCUCAAGACUGAAAGUACAAUUUUGAAUCAACCGUAUUUGGAGGCCCUCGCCAUGCUUGAUAUCAAACAACAGAAGAUGGCUCAGGGAAACACGUGCCAGGACACAAGUGGCUUUAUGGAGGUUUCAGGUCUUGAGCUUGCAGUCCUGGGAGCCUGCCUUUGUCACAGUCCCAGCGGGAGCCCCUGUACCUGUGCCAGACUGGCAGCAUCUACUCGGAAAAUGCUCCUUCAGGUCAAACAGGAGUUGGAACUUGUGCAGAAGAGUAAAGAAGAAGCCUACAUAAUGGCAGAUGCAUUCAGAAUUGCAUUUGAGCAACAAUUAAUGAGGAAAAAUGACCAGGCACUAAGAUUGAGACAAAUGGGUAAAAUGUGUAAGAAAGCAACAAAAGGGACAAAUUGGAAGCACCUUAAAGAUGAUGGGUUACCGUCACAAAGGAGUAAGAAGACCUUAGGGCAGAAACUGUUGGGCAUGGCUCCCUUUGGAAACAGUUCUAAGAGUACUGAUGACCAGCAUGAUCCUCAGGAAGUCUUUAAGAUGCUAAUAGAUUUGUUAAAUGAUAAAGAAGAAGCUUUGGCUCAUCAAAGAAAAGUUAGUUACAUGCUUGCUCGGGCUUUGGAAGACAGAGGCACCACCUCAAAAGAGAAUAAAGAAAAAAAUCCUAUGAAAGACAAUUCUCCAUUAAAAAUCCCCUGGCAGAAAACUUCAGAAUUCCCUGUUUUACCUGAUCCCGUACAUUCAAGUGUUCAAAUUUUUAAUUCUGUGGGCUGCAUUUGUUCAAUUCAGCACUUUCAAACAGAUCAAAACUACACAAGAACUCUUAAAAGAUCCUAUUCUUUGCCAUCAAAUAUCAUGUACUGAAGACAAACCCGUUGAAAUUACAACUGAGAGCUGUUUAUAUCGAGACUUUGAAAACGGACCGUGUAAAUGUUGCUACAUCUUCAGAAGUUGUGUUUUACGGGUAUUUC